AUGGCCGACUCGCAGUCAACGACCAUGUCCUCGAAGCCGCGCACCAGCAGUAUAUCGCAAGCCUCAGAAAGCUCACAAACAGCAGCCGACUUUAUCAAGGAACAACUCAGCCUCGAGGCAGAAGCACGCGAGGCUCUUCCAUACCAAUUCGAUACUUGCACACGCGACCUCGGUCCUCUUCGUCAGAGCCUCUACGCAUGCCUCACCUGUAACCCAGCACCCGCAUCGUCCGCUCAGCAAUACACUCCAGCAGGCGUCUGCUACUCGUGUUCGAUCUCUUGCCAUGGCGAACAUACUCUUGUUGAGCUAUUCAACAAGCGCAACUUCAUAUGCGACUGCGGAACUACCAGAAUACCGGAUAUGACACCUUGCACGCUUCGCCUCAACGCAGAGACUGGGCGGAAGGGCGAUGUGACGGGUGAAGAGCCAGCAAAGACAAACAAGUACAACCAGAACUUUAGGAAUAAAUUCUGUGGCUGCGGCGAGGACUAUGACCCUAAUCAAGAAAAGGGUACAAUGUUCCAAUGCCUUGGACUCGGAACUUGCGAGGAGGGCGGCUGUGGCGAGGACUGGUGGCACCCUGAGUGCCUGGUAGGCAUCACUCGGGCCGAGUAUAGCAAGAUGAUAGAGAAGCCGAAGGCUGAAGAGACGAACGGUGGGACAGAUCCAAUCGAGACCGACAAGCCUGCGACAGAUGAAACCAAGACCAACGAAAACACGGAUGAGAAUGCGCCUCCAGUUUCAACGGAUAUUACAGCUGCAGUGGCAAGUGGUGAUGGAGUUGAUGGAAACGACAUUGCAGCGGAAACUGGUGCUCAAGACGAUGACGAUCCACCACUACCUCCAGGUUUUCCUGAGGAAGAUGACUUCGAUCAUUUCAUCUGUUAUAAGUGCGUUGCGGCAAACCCAUGGAUCAAACAGUACGCUGGCUCGACUGGCUUCCUCCCGCCAGUCUACCACGACAAGACCAUUGCGCUUUCUCAUGCUCAGAAGUCCACCGUCUCAGCUCCAGCGCACACAAACGGCGACUCUAAGAAACGUAAAGCUUCUGAUGAAGAUGAAGAGCAACAGACAGCAUCGCAUCUGGCAGCACCCACUCUGGCUAAGCGCCAAAAGUCCGAAGAUCCAAGUGGCACACUUUCCAGCAUUGCCGAAGAUAUAACAACACUUCCCAUAACGCCAAAGAAGCCAGAAGUACCGGAAGCGCCAAAACACGCUUCCCUUCCUUCUCUACCCGAGACUGCUCUCACAACACCCUUCUCCCUCUUCGUAAAGCCCGACUUCCGCGAUCACCUUUGUCACUGCGACGCCUGCUACCCCCAACUAAAAGCUCAUCCCCAACUCCUAGAAGAGGAAGAUACCUAUGAGCCUCCCGUAUCCGAAGAGGGCGAUGAAGGUGGACAGUCAGUUGGCACAGGCAGUAUUCUCGACCGUGGCGAAGCAGCGUUUGGCAACAUGGACCGUGUACGUGCUAUCCAGGGUGCCAUGGCGUAUGCGCAUCUCAAAGACAAGGUCUCGGCGUUUUUGAAACCGUUCGCUGAGUCGGGUCAAGCUGUUGGUGCAGAGGAUGUCAAGGCCUACUUUGAGAAGCUGAGAGGUGAUGCACAGGGUAUCCAGGAGGCUGCUGGUGAUGCCAAAGCCAACAGGGGUGAUGGAGAUGAUGACGGGGCUGAAGGAGGUGGGAGGAAGGAGCAGAGUGGGUAUUGA